UGGUGCUACAGCAGUUAAUUUGAUAACAACGAGUAAAAAAUAAAUACAAAUAAAUGCUAUUUUAAAUUGGUAAUAGUUUUGACGUAGUACAUAAAACAAAACUCAUCCCAUUAACGUUUUGCUCGCUAUAAAUUACACUUACUGUUGCGUUUUAUUGUUCAUACUACUAGGCCUGGAGCUCGCAAAGAAAUCAUUCAUUCUUUUCAAAAAUUAGGACAACAGCAGUUGCGUGAAUGGCGGCUGUCGACGGUUUGCAGUUUCAAGAAUUUGAUGAUGCCGAAAACCUGCUUGGAGCCAACCGGGAUGCUACCACUAUCAGCAUUGGAGAUCCGAAUGAGAAACCCACCAACCAACGGAGAUCCUUAGGAAACUCGCCAAGAGAGGAAGAUGAUGACCUGUUGGGAAAUGCCGACUCGGAUAAAACCGAGUUGCUUGCAGGUCAGAGGAAAAGUGCGGCCUUCUGGACAUUUGAAUACUAUCAGAAGUUUUUUGAUGUAGAUACAUAUCAGGUCCUGGAUAGAAUAAAAGGUUCGGUUUUACCAUUGCCUGGUAAAAACUUUGUGCGGCUGUACAUCCGAAGUAAUCCAGAUCUCUAUGGUCCCUUCUGGAUUUGUGCCACAUUAGUAUUUGCUAUUGCCAUCAGUGGAAACAUCUCAAAUUUCCUGGUGCACCUGGGCCAACCUCAGUACCACUAUAUGCCUGAAUUUAGAAAAGUAACUAUUGCUGCCACUGCCAUUUACAGCUAUGCAUGGCUGGUUCCUCUAGCUCUCUGGGGCUUUCUGAUGUGGAGAAACAGCAAAGUCAUGAACAUAGUCUCCUAUUCCUUCCUGGAAAUUGUGUGUGUCUAUGGCUAUUCACUAUUUAUUUAUAUUCCAGCAGCAAUACUAUGGAUUAUUCCAAUUGAAUGGGUGAGAUGGAUUACAAUUCUAGUUGCCAUGUGCCUGUCGGGAUCAGUUUUAGUAAUCACAUUUUGGCCUGCUGUUCGAGAUGACAACCGCAGGAUUGCCAUCGCUACUAUUUCAGCCAUUAUAAUUCUUCAUGCCCUGCUCGCUGUUGGCUGUAAGGCAUACUUUUUUGACGCGCCACAAAUAGAAGUCCCAGGUGUCUCUGGUAGCAUUGCCUCAGGUAACAGGACAGUGACAGCUGUGAAGACACACUAAUGAAACAAGUGCCUAGGUUCUGUUGAUGGUUGCUUUAUCAGAAAGAAGUUACUCAGAAGAAAAGGGACUUUGAAACCUAGCAUUCACAAAAACAAUAAACUGUGCUUCAUAAGAUAACUUUUUUGUAAUCUCAAUCAUUACCUGGUGGAAAAAAAGUAAACGCAGCUACAAUGGUAUGGACUUUUUAAGCACCUUAAAGACGUGUUAGGAUAAAAAAAAAAAAGUUAGAUCGUACAGAACAAGCAAUGUAUUAGAUGUAAAUAGUAUAAUGAUAAAAGGCUUGCAUAUUUAUCGGCUGUAUAAAACUGUUUUUGUUAUAGUUGGCUUUUGCUUUAAAAUUCACUCUGUACAGUGUUUAUUUUACUAAGUUCACUAACUUCAGUCAGCAUUUUAUGUUUGCCAUGUAAUCUGUUGUGCAAAAUACAAUGUUUACUUUGGCUGCUUAUUUCCUGUUAAUCUUCAACCAUUUUAGCACAAAUGUAAUUAUACUGUAUGUAAAUGGAGAAAGUACAAUACAAAACAUACAUAUACCCCAUGACCAAAAAUAACAACAAAAAAUGCUAGUAGCAUUGCAUAAAUGUUAUGAGGAUAUAUAAUUUUAAAAGUAGAACACUCUUAAUUUUGUUUGAGCCUUCAAUGAAACACUUUUCACUUAUUUACUUUUCUUCUUAUUGUGUUUUUUUUCUUUUUGUUUGUUUUUUUUAGAAAUGAUGUUGUGAAUUUUGUAUUAAACAAAAAUCUUAUGUGGA